CUUGCUCGAGCGUUUUCUCAACGACAGCGCCGGUGGAGCCCUGUAAGACACAUUUGUGUGUAGUUCACAGAGUGUUUGAGGUCUUCUCGCACUGCAGCGCUCUCCAAUGGACACAAGAAGAAGCGCGCAGCUGUGAUUUCAGCAGACUGCAGAAGCGUCAAAGUAGAUCGUGCUUGUACCCAUCCGAAUCCUGUCACUGGGACUUAAACCAACGGAACUGACCGUCCAUUCCAGACGUGAAAGCUUUUUUAAAUAUAUAUUAUAUUAAUAUUAUCUUGCCUGUCUCUGUCUGAUUUUUCAGACACUUCAGAACUAUGGUUUGCAUCAGGACUAUGUGAUAACGAGCAAGAAUUGUAGAGCCACAUUUUUUGAGCAACCAAAAAAAUAAAUAAAUAAAAUGGAAGGCUCCCACGCGGCCUACGCAGCACCAGCCCCUACGGUGACAGUGGUGACACCGGCCGCCGGCUACCUGCUCCGCAUGUUCCGUGAGUACCAGAACAACUCCGUCAUCGUAGCGCAUUACAACUACACGGGCAAGCUGACAGCCAACAAGUACAGGGACGGCCUGAAGCCAGUGGACAUCGUGUUCCUGGUCAUCUGCCUGCUCAUCAUGGUGGAGAAUGCCGUGGUGCUGGCCGCCAUAUGGAGGAACAAGAAGUUCCACCUGCCCAUGUACUACCUGCUGGGUAACCUGACGCUGUCCGACCUGCUGGCGGGCUUCACCUACAUGGUGAACAUCGUGACGUCGGGGGCCAACACGCUGCGCCUCACCCCGGUGCUGUGGUUCCUGCGGGAGGGCGGGGCCUUCAUCACACUGGCCGCCUCCAUCAUCAGCCUGCUGGCCAUCGCCAUCGAACGCCAUGUCACCAUGGUGAGGAUGAAGCCCUACCAGGGUGCCAAGCGCUGCCGGAUGUUCGCCCUGAUCGGCGCCAGCUGGGUGGUGGCCGCCCUGCUGGGGAUUCUGCCCAUCAUGGGGUGGAACUGCAUCGGCGGCCUGGAGGGCUGCUCCACCGUGCUGCCUCUCUACGCCAAGAGCUACGUGCUGUUCUGCGUCUCUGUCUUCCUAGCCAUCCUGCUGACCAUCGUGGUGCUCUACGUCCGCAUCUUCCGCAUCGUCAAGUCCAACACGCAGCGGCUGGGCUCCGGCCGCAAGGGCGUCGCUCGCAAGUCGCAGAAGUACCUGGCCCUGCUGAAGACCGUCACCAUUGUGCUGGGCGUCUUCAUCGCCUGCUGGCUGCCCAUCUUCUCGCUCUUCCUCCUGGAUGGCUGCUGCCAGGCCGGCGAGUGCAGCAUCCUCUUCAAGGCCGACUACUUCCUGGGCGUGGCCAUCAUCAACUCACUCCUCAACCCCAUCAUCUACACGCUCACCAGCAAGGACAUGCGGCGGGCCAUCAUCCGGCUGCUGUGCCGCCGUUGCCUUGUGACCAAGGACGGCCACAUGCGCAAGAUCGGCGUGCCCUUCCUGGAGUGCAGCACCAGCAAGACGGAGAUGCCGUCCCACCGGCUGGAGGCCCUGGAGAUCACCGUCUCCACCGGCAACAUCUCACCUUCCCACAUCAAGGCCCUCUACUCCAAGGUGUUGAGGUCCUGAGGAAGACCAGUCUGACGCUUUGCGCUAAGCUACUGGUGAUCCCCCAAAACGAGCGCCUUCGCCACAGGAAUAAAAGCAGAGAAGUGCAACACAGUAAUUCUGUGGUUGCAGAACUUUCCAAUGUUUCAUGGUGUCUGGCGGGCGCCCCGCUUUGUGAUUUUCCAGAACCUUCAAGAUCUAGAAUGCGUCCGUUUCAGGAGUUUGUUGCAGAACUUUCAGCUCUAGAAUUCUGUAGAAUUCACUCUGAGAAGUUGGCCAUCUUUCUGUAGAAUUCACUCUGAGAAGUUGGCCAUCUUUCUGUAGAAUUCACUCUGAGAAGUUGGCGAUCUUUCAACUGCUUUAUGGAAUGGAGGACAGACCUGCUUAGAUCAUUUAAGUAAGAGUAAGAAAAAUUCUCCUUCUUACAGAGCCUUGCUAUAGCACUUUCUGUACUUUCAAAGAGCAACCUUUACAUUGAACUCAUCCCCACACAAUAUCAGCGAUCUGGAACCAGAUACUCUGAGCAAGGACAUAAGCUCAUCUAACAAACAAACAAAACAAACACAUAAUUCAGAUUGCUGUGAAACAUCUUUCUAGAGAAACAAGCUUCAGUCAAAUCAGUUAUAAUACCAGCUGCGCCAGAAGUCAUUCACUGUUUUCUGAGGACAUGUUCACACAUGAAAAUACAAGGCUGACUUUGGAUUCUCAUCUUAACGCGGAGGCCGGGAUUUUCACCUCAUUCUAUUUGUGAGCGUAACGAGAAGUGAUUGUCUGAUUCGAAUGUUGUCGGUGCGACAUGUAACACAGUUUCCAAACACAUCGAGGAGGCACACUUCGCAAAUUCUGCCACAGACACCCUCGUCUUGCCAUGCCAAGUCACAGACUGAUCAGACAAGCAUGUCUGUAUGACAUGAAGAGAAGUGGGCUGUGGAGGGUCUGCUUUAAAUCAAUGUCUGAGGACAAAUAAGGGAGAAUCUUAUUCAAGAAUUACUGAGAAUGAGGGAGACAGUGGACGCUGCUUUUGAAGGCCAGACUAUGUGGACGCUUGCCUUUUUGUAGAGCACAGGGUAAAGCAGCCGUAAAACAGAUGCAGAGGGAGUAAUGGGGAAAAAUGUAGGAGCUCUCAGUGGAAGUUCCCAGUCGCAGAUAUAAACCAUACUGUGAAGCACUUGUGAGUCUUGACAGUGUCUGUCAGGCUAAUAAAACUGACAUUUUGUCUUCCUGAAGACAGUCCCAAACAGGAGAGUCACGUUCAGUCCUGUCUUCUGGCUUGUUUUCAACAUUAAACAAAGUUCAGACCUUUAUUAAGACAACGCCUCCUCUAAAAGGGUAAAUUCUGAACACGCACACACCCAGCUGAAAAUGCAGUGUGGUUUUUUUUGUGGCAUCUAAGUUUGGACUCGCUGGGUUUGUGGGCAGAGCGCAAGCUUUCCCAUGACUAGAGGACAUGUGGCCCACCAGCUGGGCCCCCCAAGGUCAGAAGCUCGAAGGCUUUCGGGGGGGGGAAUUGGUCACCCUGCCUUACACCUGCUGGGGGUCAUUACAGGGUCUCUGCGGGCAGGGAAGUGGCGAGGUGGAACUGGACUUGUGAGGGCUGGAGGGCUGGGGCACCGGUACCUUGAGCAGAGCUUCUCUGACCACAAGCAAUCGUGUGAACACACCGGCUUCAAACUGCAGGUAAUGCAGGCUGGCUGUGUGGGCGUCUGUGAAAGGAAGGUGUCUAAACCGUAGUAUAUGCAUGUGCAUUAUCAGAUGUGAUAAAAACUGUUAGGUGACUGAAGACCCUAAAGGCCCUCUCUUCUGAGAGCAGAGAGCCAACCCCCCCCCCCAAUGUUACAACCUGCUGAGACUCUUACGCAGCUGAUGUUAAAUUUAUGCCCCCUUCCGUGCGUAGCCCAUGAUGUAAAUCCUUUCCCACACAAUACAAUCUAGAAUCUUAAAUGGAAACAGUAAAUAUUUCCCCCUAAUAAGCUAGCAGUUUGGAAGUUUCUUGUGUUUAAUACAAUUCCCAUUGUGGGGGUAAGAGUCAUCGUGCAUUUCCAUGGAAUCUGGGAACACAGAAUCCAUGGUGUGUUCACAGAAAUGUAUAUAGAUGUAUAAUCUUAAAGUGUUAUAUUUAUCUUUAUUAUACAUUUUGUACAUAGAAAUGGUCUAUAAGUUC